UGUGAAGAGGGCAGGGGAUGCCUUGGUCUGGGAGGGAGCCCACCCAACAGCCAGGCCCUGGUCCAUCAGGAGACCCAGGGCUCAGGAGGUUCAAGGGGGCAGAGGACCUGCUCAGGCUCCAGGGCAAACCUCUCACAAGGAACUGUCUUCCAGGGCUGAGUCUGGACCCCAGAAUUCCAGUGCAGGCAGGGACUCUGCCCAAACCCAGGCUCUGGGCUGAGCCAGGAUCUGUGAUAGCACGGGGGGAACCUGUGACCCUCUGGUGUGAGGGGACCCCGGAAGCCCAGCAGUACCAUCUGUACAGAACAGGAAGCCCAGCAUUCACAGAUACACAGACCUCAUCUGAGGCUAGGAACAAGACCAAGUUCUCCAUCACUUCCAUGACAGAAUAUGAUGCAGGGCGAUAUCGCUGUUACUAUCACAGCCCUGCUGGUUCAUCAGAGCACAGUGAUGCCCUGGAGCUGGUGGUGACAGGAUUCUACAACAAACCCAGCCUCUCAGCCCUUCCCAGCCCUGUGGUGAUCUCAGGAGGGAAUGUGACCCUCCAGUGUGGCUCAUUGCAGAGAUACAACAGGUUCUUUCUGAUUAAGGAUGGAGAAGACAAGCUCUCCUGGAUGCUAGACUCACAACAAAGCCCCAGUGGACAGGUCCAGGCUCUGUUCCGUGUGGGCCCUGUGACCCCCAGGCAGAAGUGGACAUUCAGAUGCUAUGGCUGUUACAGACGCACAUUCCAAGUAUGGUCACAAUCCAGUGACGCCCUGGAACUCCGGGUCUCAGGUCCACACCUCCAGGAUCACACGGUGGAGAACCUGGUGCGCAUGGGCGUGGCUGGCCUGGUCCUGGUGGGCCUUGGGAUUCUGCUAUGUGAGGCUUGGCAUAGCCAGAGAAGCCUCGGAGAUGGAGCCAGAAGGUGAACACGAGAAACAAAGGAUGACGCAUCUUCUGAGGGGCAGAAGCCUGGGUGUUAAUCCAAUGUUUCCGGGAGAUUCUGGAAAGGUCCUGGGGUUAUAAAUUGGGGACUGUCAGCUGAAAGGAAUAAACUCACCUAUGGUUAGGAAAAAUGGCUGGGAGGGGCUGUGAAAGACGCUUCUUCCAAUCUUCUGUGACUCUUUCCCUCUUUCCUGGUGCUAAGACUCCCCAAUUGUCCCUUCUUUUCUCACCCCCAACACAGGAGGGCCCAGCCCAAGGCCCAGUUUGUGACCAUGCAUUUUUGGCCUCAUAGUCCAGGCCUCUUCUAUGUAAUUCAUUUCAUCUCCAUCUGUGCAUUCCUUGAUAUGUACUAGUGCAUCUGUCUACACAGUUGUGAAAAUAAAUCUGGAUUAACUAGGCAAAAA